AUGCUUAAACAUAACGGUCGCUAUGAUUAUGAUGAUGAUGACGAUGAUGACGAUGAUGAUGAUGAUGAUGAUGAUGAUGAUGAUGAUGAUGAUGAUGAUGAUGAUGAUGAUGAUGAUGAUGAUGAUGAUGAUGAUGAUGAUGAUGAUGAUGAUGAUGAUGAUGAUGAUGAUGAUGAUGAUGAUGAUAUCUUAACAAUUGCCACUGCAGUAACCGACGUAGUUGCCCUCUUAAAUGCUGCAAGUCAGGCAUAUCCGUCGACUAAAUUCACGUUGGAAAUCAAAACGGUCGGAUUGCUCCCUUUCUUAGAUGUUCUUCUAAGCAGGAGACCUGAUGGGAGUGUCCGAAGAAGCGUCUAUCGGAAGAAAACCUGGUCUGGACAAUACACGAACUUCGCCAGUUUCUUACCCCUCCAACAAAAACGAAAUCUAGUCCGAUGUUUGGCACAAAGAACUAGAAAAAUUUGCACAACAGAUAGCAUCGAGGAGGAGCUUAGAAAAAAUUUGGACUUCCUUCGCAAAAACGGAUAUCCUGACAGAUUUCUUGCUAAGAACAUUGCCGAACGACCGAAACAACCCGCCACACCGACUGCCGAAAAGAAAACUUUGUUCCUCAAGGUCCCUUUCCAAGGGGACGCUGCGAGUGAACUGCUAAGGAGACGCCUUGAUCAAGCUGUCUCGCGAACCUUCCCAGCAGCAGGGGUUCAAAUAUCAUUCUCUACCAACCCUAUUUUACGCGGGGAAGGUAAGGAUAUGUUGCCACCGCAGACCACCUCAAUGUGCAUCUAUUCCUUUUUUUGCACCUGUGGGGCAGGUUAUAUUGACCGCACAAGUCGGCCAAGAAUACGAGAACACCUUCCGGCAUGGCUGGGAAAAGGCGAAACGAGGAGCAUAAGCAGCGCCAUUCUCGCGCAUGUUGUCGAUUCCGGACAUCGCGUGGACCCCAACGAAGCUUUUCAUUCGAUUUUUAAGGUUCCAUGGAGCUAUCCGAAGGUACUGGGCCAACGCCUGUUAGCAAUAGCAGAAGCGGCCGCCAUCAGGUUACGAAAGCCAAUCUUGUGCGCACAGAAGAACCACGUUCAGGCUCCGCGCGUACAGCGGUCGAAGGUUGACUAG